CAGCCAGCGGCCCCCACCGGAGCCACACGACGACCACAGCAUGACGCCCAUCAGGGUGAUAUUCCUAGUGAUGUUCGCCGGGCUCUGCCUGGCUGACGGAGGAGGAGGCGGAGGCGGAGGACACGGAGGGGGAGGAGGGUUCGGUGGCGGUGGAGGCGGCGGAGGAGGAUACAGCGGCGGCGGAGGAGGUGGCUACAGCAGCGGUGGAGGAAGCAGCGGUGGUGGCUACAGCAGCGGUGGCGGUGGAAGCGGCGGCGGUGGCUACAGCAGCGGUGGAAGCAGCGGAGGUGGCUACAGCAGCGGUGGAAGCAGCGGCGGAGGUGGCUACAGCAGCGGUGGAAGCAGCGGCGGAGGUGGCUACAGCGGUGGCGGUGGAAGCAGCGGUGGCGGCUACAGCAGCGGUGGAAGCAGCGGCGGAGGUGGCUAUAGCAGCGGUGGCGGUGGAAGCAGCGGUGGCGGCUACAGUGGUGGAGGAAGCAGCGGCGGAGGAGGAGGAUACAGCAGCGGUGGAAGCAGCGGAGGUGGCUACAGCAGCGGUGGAAGCAGCGGCGGAGGUGGCUACAGCAGCGGUGGAAGCAGCGGCGGAGGUGGCUACAGCGGUGGCGGUGGAAGCAGCGGUGGCGGCUACAGCAGCGGCGGUGGAGGAACCAGCGGUGGUGGCUACAGCAGCGGUGGCGGUGGAAGCAGCGGUGGCGGCUACAGCGGUGGGGGAAGCAGCGGCGGAGGUGGCUACAGCAGCGGUGGAAGCAGCGGCGGUGGCUUCAGUGGUGGAGGAAGCAGCGGUGGCGGCUACAGCAGCGGCGGUGGAGGAAGCAGCGGUGGCGGCUACAGCAGUGGAGGAAGCAGCGGCGGAGGUGGCUACAGCAGCGGUGGAAGCAGCGGCGGUGGCUACAGUGGUGGCGGAGGAAGCAGCAGUGGCGGCUACAGCAGUGGAGGAAGCAGCGGCGGAGGUGGCUACAGCAGCGGUGGCGGUGGAAGCAGCGGAUGUGGCUACAGCGGUGGAGGAAGCAGCGGUGGUGGCUACAGCGGCGGAGGAAGUAGCGGCAGAGGAGGUGGCGGCUACAGCAGUGGUGGAGGAAGCAGCGGUGGCUACAGCGGUGGGGGAAGCAGCGGUGGUGGCUACAGUGGUGGCGGAGGAAGCAGCGGUGGAAGCGGCGGUGGUGGCUACAGCGGCGGCGGAGGAAGCAGCGGAGGAGGUGGCUACAGCAGCGGUGGAGGAAGCAGCAGUGGUGGCUACAGCAGCGGUGGAAGCAGCGGUGGUGGCUACAGCGGCGGAGGAAGCAGCGGCAGAGGAGGAUACAGCAGCGGCGGAGGAAGCAGCGGCGGCGGCGGCUACAGCAGCGGCGGAGGAGGUGGCGGCGGUGGCGGCUACAGCGGUGGAGGAAGCAGCGGCGGAGGCGCAUCUUCCAGCUAUGGCUCUGUCCCUGCGUCUAGCGGAACGGGCAAAUAUCCGCCGGCAAAGCCGUCCUCCAGCUACGGCUCGCCGAGCAGCAGUGGCGGCUACAGCGGCUGAGUCUCCGGUGACACUGUACCCCCGCCAUCGCAAUAUUGUUCAGCCAGUGAUUUGAUAACUUUAUCUCAGUGGAUUUGUUCUGAUAUUGUUUAUUUAUAGUGUGUACGAUGCGUAGAAAUGUCUUAUGAAAAAAAUA